AUGGCUCAGCCCUUGUCCCGGCCCCUUGUCCUAUCCCGUUCUGGGCCUUGGCCCCCGACCCCGCCCUCGCCCCGCUUCCCAAAUCGGUUCCAGUUCCCGCCUGGGUCCCAGCGAAUGCCCAGAUCGGGGUCCCAGCUCAGGCGCCCCCUCCAGCCCCUGACCUGGGCCCCAUCCCAGUCCCAGCCCUUGUUUCACCUCUCUCCCCAAAUCCCAGCCCGGCCCCUGUGCCAACCCCAUUCUCAAAAUUUGCUUAAGCCCGGGGCCCAACGCCUGCCCUUGUUCCAGUCCCCACCACAGCCCCUCCGUCCAUCACACCCCGUACCCUUGCAUAAGUCCCUGUGUCCGGCCCAGCCCAACUCUUUAUCCCCGUCGGUGCCCUCAUCUCUGUGUUUGCCCGAGUCUCUCCCACCGCCCACCCCUCUCUCUCAUACCCCGCCCCUCUACCAGCCUCGACUCAGGUCUGGGCUCCAGCUGCCGUCAGCCUUACUGCUGCUGUUGCUGUUGUCUGUCCUUGGCCCAGGGGCUGGAGGCCUCUUCCUGACCGACUACUCCACCUGCUCACCCCGCAAGCUGAGUCCCUUCCGCUCCUUUGCCAGCACCGAGCUCUUCCACUUCCAUGUGCCUGAAGACACGUUCCUGGCCGUGUGGAAUCUCAUCAUCUUCAAAGAGCAGGGAGGGACCUUUGGCGACCACUGUCCAGACCAGAGUGUGACCGUGUAUUUCCGGUCUGGGGCACCCCCUGUCAUCAAUCCCCUGCACACACACUUCCCAGGGGACACAGCUGUGCCUGGGGUUUUCUCACUGACUCUCAGCUGGACACUGCCCAAUCGCACCUCCGGCAUCUUUAACGUCAGCAGCCCCUUACCUGGGGACUGGUUCUUGGCUGCCCACCUUCCCCAGGCCCAUGGCCACAUCUCUGUCAAGGGCCUCCAGGAUGAGUGUCAGUACCUCCUCCAGCCGCAGCUGAUUGUCCGGCGUCUGCUGGACGUGGCCGUGCUGGUGCCUGGGAGACCCUCCGAGCAGACCCUCUCCGUCCACAAUCGCUCAGCCCUGUACAAGGUCUUCGUGCCCAGCUUCACUUACAGGGUUUCAGCACAGCUGGUGUGUGUGGGGGGCCGUGGGGCAUCCGCCUGCCCCCUGACCCUGCGCCUACGUCCCAAGGCCCCACCCCUGCACAACUCAAGCUCCGUGGCCUGUGGAGGAGCCUCGGUAUGCCAGCUGGAGCUGGCACUGCCCCCCUGGGGGCACUGGGUCUACGUGCGCGUGGAGACACCAUCCCGGGGCCCCGGCAGGACCGUCCGCUUCCAGCUGUGCGUGUGGCUGCAAGAGUGCCCGCAGCCCAGCCUGUCCCGUGCCCUGGUCCCUGGAGCUGCCAUGAACAUGCCCCAGUCACUGGGCAACCAGCCGCUGCCCCCAGAGCCACCGUCCCUCGGGGCCCCUGCCGAGGGGCCUGGGGCCACCUCCCCGCCCGAGCACUGCUGGCCGGUCCGCCCGACACUGCGCAAUGAGCUGGACACCUUCUCUGUCCACUUCUACAUCUUCUUCGGCCCCAGCGUGGCCCUCCCGCCCGAGCGCCCGGCCGUGUUUGCCCUGAGGCUGCUGCCACUGCUGGACAGCGGCGGUGUGCUCAGCCUGGAGCUCCAGCUCAACGCGAGCUCCCUGCGCCAGGAAAAUGUGACAGUGUUUGGAUGCCUGACUCAUGAGGUGCCCUUGAGCCUGGGGGAUGCCGCAGUGACCUGUGCCAAAGGGUCCCUGGCCGGCUUCCUCCUCACGGUCAGUGCCGCCUCCAGAGUGGCCAGGCUGAGAAUCCCGUUUCCGCAGACAGGGACCUGGUUCCUGACCUUGCGCUCCUUGUGCGGGGCGGGGCCUCGGUUCGUGCGAUGCCGAAACGCGACCGCGGAGGUGCGGCUGCGAACUUUCCUGUCCCCGUGCGUAGAUGACUGCGGGCCCUACGGCCAGUGCAAGCUGCUGCGCACGCACAACUACCUGUACGCGGCCUGCGAGUGCAAGGCCGGGUGGCGGGGCUGGGGCUGCACGGACAGUGCAGACGCGCUCACCUACGGGUUCCAGCUGCUGUCCACACUUCUGCUCUGCCUGAGCAACCUCAUGUUUUUGCCACCCGUGGUCCUGGCCAUUCGGAGCCGAUAUGUGCUGGAAGCGGCUGUCUACACCUUCACCAUGUUCUUCUCCACGUUCUACCACGCCUGUGACCAGCCCGGCACUGUGGUGUUCUGCAUCAUGGACUACGAUGUGCUGCAGUUCUGUGACUUCCUGGGCUCGUUAAUGUCCGUGUGGGUCACUGUCAUCGCCAUGGCCCGCCUACAGCCUGUGGCCAAGCAGGUGCUAUACUUGCUGGGGGCGAUGCUGCUGUCCAUGGCUCUGCAGCUUGACCGGCAUGGACUCUGGAACCUGCUUGGACCGAGUCUCUUUGCUCUGGGGAUCUUGGCCACGGCCUGGACAGUGCGCAGCGUCCGCCGCCGGCACUGCUACCCGCCCACGUGGCGCCGCUGGCUGUUCUGCCUCUGCCCGGGCAGCCUCAUCGCGGGCGGUGCCAUCCUGCUGUAUGCUUUCGUGGAGACCCGAGACAACUACUUCUACAUUCACAGCAUCUGGCACAUGCUCAUCGCCGGCAGUGUGGGCUUCCUGCUGCCCCCUCGUGCCAAGACUGACCGCCGGGUCCCCUCUGGAGCCCGGGCCCGGGGCUGCGGCUACCAGCUGUGCAUCAAUGAGCAGGAGGAGCUGGGCCUUGUGGGCCCGGGAGGGGCCACUGUCAGCAGCAUCUGUGCCAGCUGA